AACCGCCCCCCUUCCCCCUUCUGCCCCCCCCCUCCUUCCCUCCUCCCUCCUCCUCUUCCAUUCCGAGCGCAGCGAAGAAGAAAGAGAGUGGGAAAGAGAAGAGAAAGGAGAUUUCCUCGUAGAUCUCAUCGUCUUCGGCUUCAUCCAGGGUUAGGUUGGUCGAUCAUCCGACUCAGUCGUUAUUGUGCCCUUUUCUUUUUCCUUUCGAUCCCUGGGAGGGUUUCGAAGGCAUUAGGCCGGGAAUGCGGGGUGUUUCGAAAGGGAUUUCUGUUUUGGAGUGAUUGGAGGAGGGAGGAGAAGGGAGAAGGUCGAUUUCCGGGGUUUUUAGGGUAGUUUGUGGAGAUCUGGGGGGAGGAGAUGAGCGCGUCGAGGUUUAUAAAGUGCGUCACUGUCGGGGACGGCGCCGUCGGCAAGACCUGCUUGCUGAUAUCCUACACCAGCAACACCUUCCCCACGGACUAUGUGCCAACUGUUUUUGACAACUUCAGUGCAAAUGUGGUGGUGGACGGAAACACCGUUAACCUAGGGCUGUGGGACACUGCAGGCCAGGAGGAUUACAAUAGGCUAAGACCUUUGAGCUAUCGUGGAGCUGAUGUUUUUCUCCUGGCUUUCUCUCUUAUCAGUAAGGCCAGCUAUGAAAAUGUCGCUAAAAAGUGGAUUCCUGAAUUGAGGCAUUAUGCACCUGGUGUUCCUAUAAUUCUUGUUGGAACAAAACUUGAUCUUCGUGACGAUAAGCAGUUCUUCAUAGAUCAUCCUGGUGCUGUGCCUAUUACUACCGCUCAGGGAGAGGAGCUUAGGAAGCUGAUAGGUGCUCUUGCCUAUAUUGAAUGCAGCUCAAAAACACAAGAAAAUGUUAAGGUAGUCUUCGAUGCAGCCAUUAAAGUUGUACUUCAGCCCCCUAAGCAAAAGAAGAAGAAGAAGAGAAAGGCACAGAAGGGCUGUUCCAUUUUGUGAACAAGGAGAAAUAGAGGAUGAAUUAGGACUUACUGGCCAAUAUUGUUGCAUUCUCUUGCUCUAUGAAAGGAACUAGGUCUUUGGUGUAUAGUCUACUGACAGCAUUAGCGAGGUAUAGACGUGUCAGUUGAUGAUUUAUUUUUGCUUUGUCUGGGUCUUGCGGUGCUCCGUAACCCACUUGUCAGUAACAGGCACCUUAUUGCUGAUGGCUUUUCCCUACUCGUACACGGGCACAGAACAGGCCAUCUGAAUUGUUUCUCUUGGAUGGACCAUCCUAUACAAUCACUAUUUGUGUACCUUUAUUUUAAACCCCUAAGAAGGUUUAGCUGUGUUGCUUGUUAUGCUUCUGGUUGACAACUGUUUUAACACUUGUUCGUGCAAACAUUGGAAUCUGGCAGCGA